AGAUCAGAGAUACCGUACAAGUUUUGCUAAGCACGUCGCGCGUGUACUAUAAGAUUUUGCUUUCCUUUGAAGAAAAUUAACAGCAAAAUAAAUGGCGAAAUCUGGGACAGGUAGAGCAUUAGAAGUAGUUCGUAGUUUACCAAGAGUUGCCUUAAAUAACUUGAGGGAUAAUCCCGGUGCAAAGAAAAAGGAUAAUAGAAGGGGCCGUGGCCAGCAUGGUGGAGGUAUGAGUGGGCGGGGCAAGAGCGGUCAAGGAAUGAGAGGGACCAAGCCAAGAGUUGGGUUUGAAGGAGGUCAGACACCAUUUUACCUGAGGGUACCCAAGUACCCUUACUACAAAGAUCAUCAUCUUCGUAGACAGUACCUUCCCGUUACCCUGACAAAGCUUCAGCAUUUGAUUGACAUGGGUCGUAUUGACCCAGAUCAGCCCAUCGACGUGACCUCUUUCGUCAACUCGGGAGCAUUUGAAAUCAAGAUCAAAGAAAAGCACUAUGGAAUCAACUUGAUAGAAGAAGGUUUGGACAACUUUGCUGCUCAGAUCAAUAUUGAGGUCCAGCAUAUAUCGGAAUUAGCCAUCGCAGCUAUCGAGAGAAGCGGAGGCAUCGUCACGACGGGAUUCUACGAUCCACUCAGUCUGGAUGCCCUUGCCUAUCCUCUCCAAUUCUUCCAGCAGGGGAAGCCUAUUCCAAGGCGUGCCCUUCCACCCAAAGACCUAGUGACGUACUACACCGAUGCCAGCAACCGAGGAUAUCUCUCCGACCCUGACAAGGUGCUUAAGGCUAGGGCUGAUCUUGCACAGAAACAUGGGUACCUUCUGCCUAAUCUGAUGGAUGAUUCCAAGAGGGAGAUGCUUCGGAUGAGGAAAGAUCCCCGUCAGGUUUUCUUUGGACUCCAACCCGGUUGGUUUGUGAGUCUUUCCGAUAGGACAGUAUUGAAGCCGGUAGAUGAAGACUUGCAGGAAUACUACAAGUCAUGAUGAUGUCUUGUGUGAAAAAAUUUUAUAUGCUACCUUCGGGUGUGUGACCAGAGACUGUGUUCAGUCAUAUUCAGGCUGUCAUUGUUGUGAUGGUAAUGAUUACAACUCUCCCUAUUACUUAGGCAACGUCUCACAAGUCUCUGACGUAUCUUUUGGCAGGAUUUCGGUUAUACAUGCAGAUGAGCUAUGCAUCUAUUCCCCUUUGUUUUGUUGAUGAUGAAAUCUGAGGAUUCCUGCAAGAAAGAAGGGGCUCUCUCAUUCAACGAGAUGCCUUUAAAAAGCAAUUUGCACAAUGCUAGGUUCCAUUUCACAAAGACUUGUUAUAACAAGUUAAUUGUCAGCCAAUCAAAUUGGAUAAUUUCAUUAGCUUUAAACUGUUAUUGCAAACUUAUUAUAACAAUUAGAACAAAUUUUUGAAAUGGGCCCCUUGAAGCUAUUUAACAUUGUUCAUCUUUACAUCCUAUCAUUGACACAACAAUGGGAAAUGUAAGAUAGGGGCUCUGAAAGAUGCAUGGAGCUUUUGAAUCCUGCUGAAAAGGUUCUAUGCAUCUAUGAUAGGGGCUUACCGGUAUUCCUCAUUUAGGAAAAUGGGGAUAUGAUAUGACGUGAUGUGAUUAUUGCAUGAAAGGCUCUGACAUUUGGUAAGCUGCAUUGAAAUAAUAUCAUUAUUGUCAUCUCUUGUGGGGGAAUAUGAUACCAUUCCGUUGUUUAUCCUUGGAUUGGAAAGAUUUUCAUGACAAACAAACACUCUGUAAUUCUCCCCCUCCGAAAAAAACAUUCUUGGAGCGAAUUCUGUUUUGGAUUUUUCUGUAGUCUGGGAGGAUAUAGCAAUUCCAUAUUGAGCCAAGCAUCAGAUGUUUUACCAAAGACGUUUUUUUACAGACCUAUGUGAUAAUUGUAAGAAAAUGUGUUACCUAGUCCUAGGAUGUAUGAUUAAUCAAUUAGCCAGUAAGCCAAAUAUAUAUAAAAAAAAAUAAAUGAAAAAAAGUUAUUAUUUUUCCGUUAUGCACACUCAUGCAUAACCAAACAGGAACUUUAUUUCUUACCCAAAAGUUGGUCAAUAUUUUUUUGUGUAUGGGCACUGGUGUCAAAUAAUUUUGCUUGACAUCUUAACCCUAAUUCUCCAAGGGGGGGCAUAAUGGCCCCCCCCUCGACAAUUUCCGCGAUAUAUCUGCUGCGCAAAAUUUUUUGACCUCGCCGCUCUCUGUCUUUUUACUUUCAAGUCUCGCGCAAAUUUUGAGACCAAAUUUGUGACGCCCGGGUACGCGGUUACGACAUUACGCAACAUUAUGUAAGUGCAUGUCAGACCCAAAAAUGCUCAUAAAUGUGAUUUCAUGUACAAAUCCAAUGCAAAUUGUGUAUUUAGCCAAAUUUCAUAAAUGUAUCAUUAUUUCUACUUUUUUUGAUUAAACUUAAUUAAUUUUGCCUUGUUUAUGAUCAGAAUUAAGUCUGGAACAUUUUCCAUCGAAAAAACAAUAAAAAAACAAAGAAAUACACAAGAAAUUAAAAAAACAAUAAAAUACAUAAGAAAUCGGUCUUGGUACCAGAAUUUUUUUCAUUUACAAUUGUUAGGAAUGCUAUAAAGAAUAUUUUCAUCAAAAAUAGCAUUCUAGGAGCUUUAUUUAGUAAAUCAGAGCAAAAAGUAUGAUUUCAUGAAUAAAUUAGCAUAAUUAAUUCAUAUAAAAUAAAAAUAUAUGAAUUCAGUGAAAUUUACCAAUGCAACUGCGUAGAUUACGUCAUUCUCUACCAUCAUGCAAAUUUUCGUUGUGAUCGCGCAAUCCGCGGCUGAGAUCUUAAGGGGGCGCCAUAAUGGCCCCCCCCCCCCGGGAAUGACAAGAAUCAAAAUACCCCGGGAGAUUUAGGGUUAAAGGUAAAAAAGGGUUAAAGGUAAAAAAGACUUUUGGUGUUAUGAUUAUUUAUCACAUAUAAAUGUAGUUCUGCUACAUGUACCAAAGGAUUUUUGUAAACUUGAAAAUUGGUGAAAUAUCCAUUCCCACUUUAGUGUUAUAAUACCUGACUAGAAAUAGAAAACAUUAAGGUAAAACACUAAUAAACUUUCAGGAUAGUUUUUAUUAUGGCCCCCUUUAUAUUUUUGUGUGAUACAUCUUUAUCCUUGAAAGCUUGCGCCGCAACGUUUCAUGAUUUGUUUCUUAAAAGUCUUGCGCAACUCUUGAGACCAAAUUUGCUAUCCCUGGUACAUGCUUGCAAAACCAUGCAACAUUUUGUAAAAGCAUGUCAGACCCAACAUUGCUCCAAACGUCUCACGUACAGUGCAAAUUCCUUAAAAAAAAAGAAGCAAAUUCCAUAAUUAUAUCAAUUUAUUUUUCCGUAUAAAAGUGAUUGAUCUCAUGUUACUUAUUUUAGGAAAAAUAUUAGGGGCCACGGAACUGGGGCGGGGUACUUUUUUCCAAAACCAUGGAAAAAACGUAAAAAUUACCAUCUGAUUGUAAUUCCAUUUAAGAAGAAUCUACCAAGACCACCUCUUCUCUCAACUUUUCUUUAAAGAUACUUGACCUUUUCUGACAGUGCUAAAAUAGCAAAUUUUGAUCACCCAAUCUUUGCACUUCAUGAAAUUGAUUAUUUCAGUUUGUCUGAUAUUCUGUGCUGUAAGAAUUUAUUGAAAAUUAAUUCACAAAGGAAUUGAAAAGACAUUAAAAUUUUGAGUUAAAAUUUUGAGGAUUCUAAAAUAUUUGUUUUUAAGUUCAUGAUGUUUUGACCUGUAAUAUAAAAAGAUGACAAAAUAGUAUCUUGUUAGAAUAGGAUGUCAGAGAACAUACGUUUACUGCAAUUUACUCUGUAGGGGGGAAAAUUUGCCUAUUUCUGUUCUGAGCAAGAGAAAACUAUGAAAUGUCAUGAAUGCCUUAUAUGUUA